CUAAAGCCUCUGAAAAUGGCGACUAAGUUAGAGGUUUGCAGAAGGUGUGGGUUUAGGAUGGUGGUGCACUUUUCGGCGCUGUCUUUCCGGUGUCCGGCGUGUCAGGCGGUGAUGCAUCUCCGGCCGCCGGAACCCAGGAGGUGGGCGGCGCCGGCGGUGCAGCCGCCGCCUCUGUCGGUUCAUGGGCGGCGGCGAGCGGUUCUGUGCGGUGUGAGCUACAGAAAUCAUAAGAAGAGCCUUGCGGGCAGUGUGAAUGAUGUUGUUGCGAUGAGGAAUCUUCUUGUUAAGAGACUGGGAUUCCCAUAUGCAUCUGUUGUUGUCCUCACAGAGGAUGAAAGAGACCCAAGGAGAGUCCCAACGAAGAGGAACAUCCGAGACGCCAUGCGGUGGCUGCUCUACGGAUCCCAGCCAGGGGAUUCCCUCCUGUUUUACUACUCCGGCCAUGGCUCCCAAAUCCGCGAGCUUACGAGGAACGAAAUGGACGGCCACGAUGAAGCACUGUGCCCCCUUGACUUCGAGACUGAGGGGAAGAUACUUGACGACGAAAUCAAUGAAACAAUUGUGAGGCCACUUCCUCCUGGGGCUGUGCUUCAUGCUAUCAUUGACACUUGCUUCAGUGGGACUUUUCUUGAUCUCUCUCAUGUCUGCAGAAUGAACAGGGAAGGAUACUAUUCAUGGGAGGACCAACGCAUGCCAUAUGGCCCUUAUAAAGGUACACAAGGAGGGCUAGCAAUCUCCAUUAGCGCCUGUGAUGACCAUCAGAACAGUUUAGGCACCUCGGCGUUGACAGGUAUUUCAACUGGUGCACUGACUUACAGCUUUGUGCAAAUUCUGAUGCGUGAACCGCGGUUGACGUAUGGACAGCUGCUCAUUGCCUUAAGGAACAGAGUCUUGGAGGUGCAGAAAGCUGGGCUUAAUAGUGGAAAUGCUCCUAAAAGUUUCUCACAGGAACCACAACUCUCCUCUUCCGAGCCAUUUGAGGUUUACUCUAAGCCGGUUGUUAUAUAGGGAAACCAGGCAUGGAGUGGAUGGUAUAUCCCAGGAAAAGUUACAUUAUUUCCAAAAAGAAGGAUAUAGUCUUUUUUUUUUUUGUUUCAUAUAUGGUACUGAUAAAUUUAUACUAUUAUGUAAAAUGAGACUAUUCUAAUAAAGUCUCAGUCAGACCUAUAUAGCGGCUUUUCGAGUGUUGCUAUGUUAGUCACUACCGUUGUUAUCAAUGUUUUGUUAGUACAAGUAUAUAUACAAAGUGUGGUGUGUCUGUUUUAAUGUUGUGUACAAUUCACAUAAGAUACCAUACUCCAUCCAUAUAUAUAUGAUUAUAUUCUUGGAA